AACUGACACGCGAAAAGCUCCGGAUCAUCGUCCACCCACCGAGGGCUUCAGUGCAUUGAUCACGAGUAAGCUUCAGUUCCCAGGUGCGCGUCACCAUGGGCUUCAGCAUCGUCUCGCUGAUGAACUGCCUCUCGCGGCGCGCCUUCGCGUCCGCCGGCCUCUGCCCCCACACCGUCUCCCUCCCCUGCAACCCCAACGAAGCCUCUCGCGGCGGAGCCCAAACGACCAUCCACUACUGGGCGCCGGCGGGGCAGCCGCGGCUCCCGCCGCUGCUCCUCAUCCACGGCUUCGGGCCCAUGGCCACCUGGCAGUGGCGCCGCCAGGUGGGCCCGUUCGCCCGCCGCUUCCACGUCAUCGUCCCGGACCUCCUCUGCUUCGGCGGCUCCUCCCCGUGCCCUGCCUCCCCGCCGCCCUCCGAGUCGGCGCAGGCCGACGCGCUCGCGGCGCUGCUGGACGCGCUCCCGGGGAUGCCGGCCGCGGCGCGCGUCGCCGUGGUCGGCACGAGCUACGGCGGGUUCGUGGCCUACGCCCUGGCGCGUAAGGCGGGGCCUGAGAGGGUCGGCCCCGUGGUGAUCUCGGAUUCCGACCUGCUCAAGACGGCGGAGGACGACAGGGCGCUCCUCGAGCGCGCCGGCGGUGGGUUCGACAGCGUCGCCGACUUGCUCAUGCCGCUCGACGCGCGCACCGCUAGGCGGCUUAUGGAGCUCUCGUUCUACCGGAAGCAGCUCACCGCCUUGCUGCCGGACUCCGUGAUCCGAGACGCCGUGCAGGAGCUUUUCUCGGAUAAGAGGGAAGAGAUGAUCGGGGUUAUGAAGGCUACAACUGUGGGCACAGAUGAGUUCCAUCUCAGACCCUUGGAACAGGAUGUUUUGCUCGUCUGGGGAGAUCAUGACCAGAUAUUCCCUUUGGAAAAGGCAUUUGCUGUCAAGAGGUGCUUAGGAGAGAACGUCAGAUUGGAAAUCUCGGAGAAAACUGGACAUGUGCCUCAGACGGAGGACCCGAAUCGGUUCAACAAAGUAGUCCUGGAUUUCUUGCUUUGCCACUCAAAAGUCACCACACUAGCAUGAUCAACAGUUCAUAUUGUUGGGCUCUAUCCUGAAUCCACUGAGAUCAUGUCUGAGCUUGAAUUUCUUUGUACAUAUGUCGAGUUCGUAAAACAUUGUUAUUUCCUUUCUUAAGUAAUCAAGAAGUGAGAAAUUCAUCACAAA